CAUUCACAUUCAAAUUCACUCUCACUCAUCACCAAAACGACGAACAACACACAACAUCAAUUCACUGUGGGAAUCGCCCACCUGUUUUUGAUAUAUGACGUAUUUAAUGUAAUUUGGCCUUUUUUGAAUUUUUCUUUGUUUUUUUGCUUUAAUUUUUGUUUUCUGGUGCGCAUUUUGAACCGCUGAAGGGGAUUGUUUUUGCUGAUGUUAGUAUUGAUUGUCUUGGGGAAGGAUGGGAAGUAACGGCACCGUAUUCUCCUCCAGCUUUUUCCUCAAAAAUCACUCACUUUUUUGAGGUUUUUGGGGCACGAAAUCGGUCCAUCAAUUCAAUUUUUUAUUUAGAAAUUGAACUCCUCUUGUGGUGGUUGUAUAAAUGCGCAUUCGGUUUUGAUUAUCUGCAGUAGUUUUUCUGUGAAUUUGAAGAGAUCAUUCAUGUAGAGAUUUUGAUAUGUACAUUUGUUUUGUAUCAAAUUAAAUUAACGUGGAGUUCUUCAAAUUGGGGAUGGGUGUGACGAUGAGGAGUUGGAGGCCAUGGCCGCCCCCAAUUUCAAAGAAAUUUAGGGUUAAUUUGAGGGUGCAGAGCCUUGAAGGUGGUGAUCAGGUAAAAGAGGCAGAGAAAUAUGCUCUUAUUGUGGAGAUCAAGUGGAAAGGUCCAAAAACUGCAUUCAAGAGGAAUUCAAAGACGAACUGUACCAGAGAGGAGGUUUGGAAGAAGGAUAAUGAUUCGAACAUAGUGACUGUGGAGUGGAACGAGGAAUUUCAAAACGAGCUCCGACUCUCUGGAUACAAAGAGAAUGCCUUUGAUCCAUGGGAGAUUCAAUUCAGUGUUUCGAAUAUCCUUAAUCAAGGAACGAAGAAUAAGGCUUCUGUUAUUGGCGUAGCGCAAUUGGAUCUCGCUAAAUAUGCUGUCAAGACAGACGAACAGGACAUCGAAAUCAAACUUCCUUUAAUGGUACCUAACGUCGUUGACAAGAGUUGCCCCGUGCUUAAUAUAUCGCUCAACUUUACGGAAAUUGGCCAAGAAUCGAAUGAGGCGAUACAAAGUCCAAUUCCUACUCCAACUUCGACGUCACCUCUUGCUUCAUCUGCAAAAGAAGAGAUCUCUGCUCUCAAAACCCGUCUCAGUAAGGUGAAGAUAUUCAGUGAAUACGUCACGAAUCGAAGAUCUAAAAAGACCUGUCGGGAAAGAGGGAGUACUGAAGGAAUAAGUCCUGUUAAGAGCGAGGAGGGUGAAUAUUCUUAUUCAGUUGGUUCAGACUCCGCCGAGGAAUUCGACAAUGGAGAAACCGAUGAAGUGAAGAGGGAAUCCGAUGUUAGAGCGUCGUUUAGUUAUGGGACGUUAGCUUUUGCCAAUUUCGCAGGUGUGUCGUCUUAUUCUAAUGCAGGUGGUAACGACUGCGAGGAUUGGAUUUACUACAGCAACCGCCGUACGUCGGAUGUUUGUCCCUUUCGUGUUGAGGUUGUCUCCGAAGAGCCAUCGAUUUCUAGUUCUAAACGAAGCAUUUUGCCGUGGAGGAAGAGGAAACAGAGCUUUCGAUCCCCUAAAGAUAAAGGCGAGCCUUUGCUCAAAAAAGAGGCUUAUGGCGAAGAAGGUGGAGACGACAUCGAUUUUGAUCGCCGGCAGCUCAGCUGUGACGCUGCGUGGCGUAAAGCUAUAGGCUUGGACGGAUUGGUUUCUGAAUUUGGUGACGACAGCUUCGCCGUCGGCAGUUGGGAGCGGAAGGAAAUAACGAGCCGGGACGGGCUAAUGAAAAUCGAAAUGGACGUCUUUUUCGCAUCGAUCGAUCAGCGAAACGAGAAGGCUGCAGGGGAGAGUGCGUGCACAGCUCUCGUCGCCGUGAUUGCCGAUUGGCUACAGAACAAUCUGAACCUCAUGCCUAUAAAGUCACAGUUCGACAGUUUGAUCAGAGAUGGCUCGAUGGAAUGGAGAACCCUCUGCGACAACGAAGAUUACAUGGAGCGCUUUCCCGACAAGCAUUUUGAUCUCGAGACAGUUCUAGAAGCCCGAAUCCGGGACCUCUGCGUUGUUCCUGACAAAUCGUUUAUCGGGUUUUUUCACCCGGAGGAAAUGGGCGAAGGGAACUUUGAAUUCUUGCACGGAGCGAUGUCGUUCGACAAUAUUUGGGACGAGAUCAGCUGCCCGGAGAGCUUCAAAACUGCGCCUGUUUUCAUCGUAAGCUGGAAUGAUCAUUUCUUUGUCCUAAAAGUCGAACCGGAGGCUUAUUACAUUAUCGACACAUUAGGGGAACGGCUGCACGAGGGAUGCAAUCAGGCGUAUAUAUUGAAAUUCGAUAAGAACACAACAAUCCAUAAAACGGCGAAAACCGGCAGCCCAUCAUCCGAAGAGAAAACGGCGAGAAGAUCUAAGGAGAAAGUGAUGAAAAAAAUCGAAGGAGAGGAAAUGGUCCUUUGUCGGGGGAAAGAAUCGUGCAAAGAGUACAUAAAGAGUUUCUUAGCGGCGAUACCUAUUCGCGAGCUGCAAAACGACAUCAAGAAAGGGCGGCCAAUGUUGACGCUGCUUCACCAUCGUCUACAGAUAGAGUUUCAUUAUACAAUGCUACAAAGCCCGGUCGCAACAACGUCACAAUUGGUCGAGAAAACAAUACCCGAUGAUGCAUAGAGAUAGGUAAAAAAGUGUAUAUUCGAACAAUGCGAGCAUAGCUUAAUUUAAUCGAGACAAUGUAGAUAUCAUCGGGAUGGACGAACGGGUAGAGGCGAGGCCAAAAUUGCCUCUUCCGUUUCAU